UUUACUAUACUGUGAUGCCUUUCGGUUUGGAGAAUGCUGGUGCUACCUAUCAACGCGCCAUGACUGCAAUUUUUCACGAUAUGAUUGCACAAGCAAGUCGAAGAAUACGUAGAUGACAUAGUGGUCAAUUCAAAAACUCGUGCAGCCCAUAUAGACGUCCUACGACAAGUGUUUGAAAGAUGUCGCGAGUACAAAUUGAAGAUGAAUCCUCUGAAAUGCGCUUUCGGGGUCUCUUCCGGCAAAUUUUUGGGAUUCCAAGUCACCCCUGAAGGAAUCAAAGUCGAUCCAACCAAAACCCAAGCUACCCUUACGCUGCCUCCCCCAUAAACUGUGAAAGAACUCCAAAGCUUCAUGGUCAAGGUAAAUUAUAUCCCGUUUUAUACCAGGUUUGGCCCAACUUAUCGCUGCAUUCACUCCCCUGCUGAAGAAGGGAGUAAUCUUCAUUUGGAGUACAAAGCAACAAGAAGCAUUCCAGCAAAUAUUGUCGUCACCCGCCGUUAUGAAAUCUCUCAUGCAAGGAAGAGAGUUAUGCCUCUACACUGCUUCUAGCGACACUGUUGUCUGAUCCCUCCUUGCUCAGGAAGAUGAAAUUCAGACAUUAUCUACUGUCGAACAAGGUGGUGUUAAUAUCCAGAGAUGGCCCUAUCAAGUUCUUACUCUUGAAACCAUCCUUGAUAGGCAGACCGGCCAAAUGGAUGCUUCAAACGUCAGUGUUUGAUAUAACAUGCGCUCCUCCAAGAGCUAUCAAAGGCCAAGCGGUGGCAGAUCUUCUAGCAGCAUUCCCAGGAGAAGGAACCACCGCGCAACAUGAAGACCUUCCUGGAGAAUUUCCCGAAAUAUUUUUUAUCAAAAACGAGGCGUGGAUAUUGUAUUUCGACGGUAUAAUACUGGAGGAGCGGGCAUAGUUUUAGUGUCUCCAACGGGCGAAGUCUUUUCACAUUCUUUCAAGUUGUACUUUCAAUGCACCAACAAUUCGGCAGAAUACGAAGCUUUCCUAAUAGGAUUGUCACUAGCCAAACAAGCAGGAGUCGCACACCUGGAAGUAAGAAGUGAUUCUAAGCUGCCGGUCAAUCAGAUGAAUGGGGUCGAUCUACUCACUCAAGGAGGUAACGCUGGCCCCUUAUAGAUCCGAGGCGCAAAAGAUAUUGAACUACUUUUCUGAUGUGACCAUAACUCAUAUUGGCCGCAAUAACAACAAACACGCCGAUUGCCCAGACACAUUGGCCUCGAAGCUGCAAUUUGAAGGUUUGGAAGAAACUUUGAUUGUGAGGAGACGGACUGUAGCGUCGACGUGGGUUGCAGAAUCUAAAGAUGCUGAAACUGACGACUGGAGGACCCAAAUCGUUCAAGAGCUAAACAGUUCACUCUCCCAAGGAAAGGUCAGUCUCAAAACCCUGCAAAGCUUUUUCAUGCUUCAUGGAGUGUUGUACCACCAGAAUCCAGAUGGGUCUCUGUCAAGAUGUCUUGGAGACGAGGAAGCGCAACUACAACUUAGCCGCAUUCACAACGAAAUUUGCGGACAAACGUUGGUAGUGACUCUUUACCGACGUCUCCAACGCCUUGGCUUCUACUGGCCAGAUAUGGAGACUCAAUAUCGAUCACUCCAAGGGUAUUACUCCAAUUGUCAAAUACCUCCACACCAAUUGGAGGUUUUCAACGUGAACCACACUGGGGACUGGCGAAAGCCGUAUGUCAAUUACCUUCGUGACGGAGUACUCCUUGCAAGCAAAAAGGACGCAGCCAAAAUGAAGCAACGAGCCAAGAGAUUCGUAUUUCAUGGAGGAAUCCAGUAUCGCAAAAGCUUUGGAGGCGACCUAUUACGGUGCCUGGCCGAAGUGGAGAUCCCGAUUCUGAUGAAAGAAAUGCACGAAGGCGAACACCGGGGAAGGAAGAAGCUAUUUCUCGAAGACGAUACUGCUGCGUUUUUCAAAGAUGCAACGAAUGUCAAAUGCACGGAAAUCUUAUUCAUGCAUUUUCUACUUCUUUACACUCGAUGAGUAGUCCGUGGAAGUUUUAUAGCUGGGGACUUGAUAUCAUUGGGAAGAUCAACGCGCCAUCGUCAAAAUAGCACGAUUAUAUCAUAACCGCAACGGAGUAUUUUACCAAGUUGGUUGAAGUCAUUCCUCUACAAGGGACUACCGGAACAACAAUCACGGAGUUCAUUAAGGAACACAUCAUUUGUCGGUUUGGCGUGCCUGAACAUAUCAUUACUGAUAAUGGCACUCCUUUUGCCAACAAACAGGUACGAGAGUUGCUCGAAUAAUAUGGAAUUAAGCAGAUCUUCUCCACCAUCUACUACCCCCAGGGGAACGGGCAAGCCGAAAGCACCAACAAAACCUUAAUUCAGAUUCUCAGUCGAACAGUGCAUGAUCAUCUCAGGACAUGGCACGAACAUCUACCAUUGGAAUUGUGGGCGUAUCGGACGGCACGUAGGAGUUCUACUGGCGUUCCCUCUUACUCACUCGUCUAUAGUGUGGACGCGAUUCUCCCGGCAGAGAUUAAAAUUCCGUCAGCCAGGAUUGCAGCAACAAGUGGGGUCCUCUGGAAUGAAGCCGAAGCAUCGAGCUCCAGGAUUGUAGAGUUAGACACCCUAGAAUCCAGGAGAGAUAAAGCAUAAGAACGUAGUCAAACAUACAGAAGCAGGAUCUCCAGAACGUACGACAAAGCUGUAAAACCACGAGUUUUCAAAGUGGGAGAUUUAGUUAUGAAGCCUGUCAAGCACAUUCAGCAAGACAUGUCCACAUUAAAAUUAUCUCCAAAAUGGGAAGGUCCCUAUGUGAUCAACAAGGCUUACAACACUGGAUACUACGAGAUUAUUAAAGAGGAUGGAGGUAAAUUGAAAGCAGUCAUCAACGGAAAAUGGCUCAAGGCAUACUACGCCCGAUCAUCGUUCUAUAUCUUGCCGCCUUGCAAUGCAACAAUCAGGCAUUGUCACUCUUCUCAAGUAUCAGUUAUUAAAUUCUCCAUUAAUGAAAACAUGUUGAUGUAAACUCCAUUCACUUAACAAAAUCCAACGCGAUUUAUUUUCCAAAGCAAGGUUCAAAACCCAAAAAAAAAAAACGAUCCAAAUAUCAUUGUGCCUACUU